AUGACGGCAAUGGAGAACGAAUCAUCCGAUGGCAAUGUUUCACCAAAGAAGAAAUCAAUUCGUAAAGGCAAGACUGCUUUAGCUCGUGUUCUUUUAUUAGAUGGAUCAUAUUUAGAUGUUCAAAUUGAUAGAAAAGCUAAAGGUCAAGAGUUAUUAGAUCAAAUAUGUGACCGGUUAAAUUUAUUAGAACGUGAUUAUUUUGGUCUAUCUUAUGAAGAUAGACGUGAUCCUCAUAAUUGGCUUGAAAUGGAUAAACGCAUUGGAAAGUUUCUAAAAAGUGAACCAUGGUUGUUUAAUUUUGAAAUGAAGUUUUAUCCUCCUGAUCCCAAUCAACUUCAAGAAGAUAUCACCCGUUAUCAACUAUGUUUACAAAUUAGAAACGAUAUUCUCAAUGGAAAGUUGCCUUGUUCUUUUGUCACACAUGCACUGUUGGGUUCAUAUUUGGUUCAGUCUGAAUUGGGAGAUUAUGACAUCGAUGAACACAAAAAUAAUACAAAUUAUUUGAAAGAGUUUAAGUUUGCUCCAAAUCAAUCACCAGAACUUGAAGAAAAGGUUAUGGAACUUCAUAGAACGCACAAGGGUCAAACACCAGCAGAAGCAGAAUUAAAUUAUUUGAACAAUGCCAAAAAAUUGGCGAUGUAUGGUGUGGACUUGCACCCAGCUAAAGAUUCUGAAGGUGUAGAUAUAAUGUUGGGAGUAUGUUCCUCUGGUUUGCUCGUUCACAGGGAUCGUUUACGCAUUAAUCGUUUUGCCUGGCCUAAAAUAUUGAAAAUUUCUUACAAGCGAAAUCAUUAUUACAUUAAAAUUCGUCCAGGUGAAUUUGAACAGCAAGAGGCUACAGUUGGUUUUAAAUUGCCUAACCAUAGACUUGCUAAAAAAUUAUGGAAAACUUGUGUUGAACAUCAUACAUUCUUUAGGCUGAUGACCCCUGAACCAACUCAAAAACUUGGAUUGUUUCCUCGUUUGGGUUCAAGAUUCCGUUAUUCUGGCCGUACUCAUUAUGAAUCUAAAAAAAACCCAAUUGAGAGACCUGCACCAAAAUUCCAAAGAAGCUUAAGUGGAAGAACAUUGACUUCUAGAAGCAUGGAUACCUUAGGAGGAACCAGACAUUUGGGAGAAGAUUUUGGAAUGGAACCUGAGUCUAAAAGACACACAAUGUCUCAUCCUCCUGACCGUGUUUCUGACAUAGACAACAACAUAGGAAAAGGCGGAAAGUCAAACAAAAAUGACAAACGAAAGCUAAAAGAAAAAGUGAGCAUAAGUUCUCACGACAGCUCUGUAACAGAGGAAGGCAAUUACGACGCCGAACGAAGCAGCUCAGACAUUCAAAAGUCCAAGAAACCAAUUGGAGGAAUUGCUGUUUUACCAACAGGAUCGUUUAAUUUCAUGAGGAGGAAAAAAGACAAAGAUGCGUCUAAAGUUUCAAAUGGUAUUGGUGUUGAAGAAGAUGAUGAAAAAGAAAAUCGUGAAAUUUCUCCUUCUAUAAAAACUACAAGUUUUAUAACCAAAGAACGUGAAGCUUUGUCUGCGAAUGAUACUAAUACGAGUGCUGAUAUUUCAGGCAUCAACUCAUUAGAUAUUUCAAAAGCAGAUUCUACUAAAGAUAAUGAAAAGUCUAAACUUAAGAGUCCUGGAGGUAUUUUUAGCAGUUUUAGUUUAAAAUCUAAAAAAUCUAAAGACAAAUUGAAAGCUGAUAACAGCCUUGACACAAGCGCUGAACCUGAGUCCCCCAAAGGUUUAGACAAAUUCAAAUUAAAAACCAAAAAAGAUUUAAAAAAACCAAAAAAAGAAUCAAAAACGAGUCUCAAAACUAUUGACAGCACUACUUCUAAUUUAUCAUCAAACGCUACAUUUGCUGAUCGUUCGAUGGCUGAAACUACUGUAAAUGUAUCUGCUAUUUCCACAUCACCCAGUUUUACUAAAACAUAUAAUUACACAGAAGAUGAACACAGUGCUACCAAAAAACGCAAGCCAGUCGGGGGAUUUACCUAUGAAAAUAAUAUGGAAAAAUCAAAAGAAAAUAUUUCUGAAAUCCCAACAUCUCCUAGUAAAAGAGCACAAGGCCUAGCAUUUAAUUACGCACCUGGAGAGGCAAAGAAAGUUGCAGAAACUGCAGCAGAAAAGCGAAAAACGUUCAUGGAAAAAGUGGCUGCCGAUGGUAUUAAAACACCAGGAAUUAACUAUGUACAAUCAGCAGUUCACAAAGAAGAAUCGGUUAAAAAAGAACCUAAAACUAAUUUUGAAACAAAAGAAGAAAAAUCCACUGGUGAAGUUGCUUUUACUAAGACUGUUUUGGAAAAAAAAGUUGUCUCAGCCAGUGCUGAAACUACUGUAGAGACUGAGAAGAAAAAAAUUGAUUCAAAAUUAGGUAUUUUUAAUAAGAAAUCAAAAGAAAAUGACAGUGGUAAAGGGGUAUUAGAAAAAGCUAUGGACAAGUUGGGUUCUUUUGGUAGAGGAUCUAAAGAUAAAACCGAGAUAGAUCCAAAAAAAGAAUCAUCAGACUUCAUUGAUAAUGAAAAAAAAAAAUAUGAAGAUGAUAAACCACUAGUUAGUUCUGCACCAUUAAUUGUAAAAACUACAACAAAACAGACAAUGAUCCAGGAUAAGGAGGGAGUUACUCAAAAUAUUGAGGAAAAAGUUGAAGAUUUAACAUCUGGAGAAGUAACUGUAUCAACACAGCACAAUAAGGCUGAAGGUUUGGACACAGCUACUGGUAGGCCUCCAUAUGUAAAGGCAACAGCAGUAACUACUCGUACAGCAACUACUCACCAGGAUUUGGAAAAAAAUUCUAAAACCAGUCAGGUCGAAGAAAAAACUGUAGCGCAUACAACAACGACCAGUGGUACUCGUCAAGAACAACGAACUGUUACACAGGAAGUCAUAUCUACAUCAACAAUUCUUGCACCAGAAUCAAAAGUUGAGCUAAGUAGAGCUUCAAGUAGUUCAAGCCUUAGCUCAAACGAUUCAGGCACACCAAUCGAUGUUGAAGGCCCAUUAGAUGAGUCCAAUGGGCUAGGAUAUUAUAAUAGCAAUUUUCAGAAUGAGUUUAAGGCCGAACAUGUGACGGCUGGUUCAAACUCUGCUGAAGAGAGACAUAACAUAAACAUCACAGCUAAUGACAAGUCGUACACGCUCACAGGAGAGAUAGUCUCAACACAGGCCAUUUCUAGUAAAACACGAACUGUUGAAACUGUAACAUACAAAACUGAAAAAGAUGGUGUUGUUGAGACAAGAGUUGAACAAAAAAUAACCAUACAGAGUGAUGGUGAUCCAAUUGAUCAUGACAAAGCAUUGGCUGACGCCAUACAGGAAGCUACAGAAAUGAACCCUGACAUGACUGUAGAAAAGAUUGAAAUUCAACAGCAACAACAAACAUGA